AUGGAGCUUUACGAAAACGCCUCCCUCGUCGCUUCGGUUGGGGUUCAGCGGACCGGGUUGAGUUACUUUGCCCAAGGGCAAGCUAGGUACUCGAAACCUCUGCGGCUGUGGAACCCUCGACCGGCGUCGUCGCCAACUUCACCACCGCUUUCACCUUCGCCAUCGACAACGACAGCGUUACAGCGCCCGGGGAACGGGCUCGUCGCGAACCAGACCGGCGGCAACGGUCCUCCCUUUACGAUUGACCCUUGGUACAACCUCAGCCACGUCAGCAUCAGUGUGAACUCGGUCCGUUCGGCGCCGAGCAAGCGGUGGCGGAGCUACACCAACGGCAGGACAAUGCGGGCGCAGAUCUCUAAGAAACAGGGGGCGGUUAGGUUAGCUAUAAGAAGGCUCCUCGCAGCAUAUUGCUUCUUCCUUUUGCUUUUCGAACUGUCCCCCCGGCAGGAGUAG